UUUUUUAAUUGUAAUUUAUAAAAAUGUUUAUACUUGAGAAACGAAAUGAAUAUAUAUUCGAGUGUUAGAGAAGAUGAGCAAGGAACUUGAGUGCAAAAGAUGUGAGCGAUAUGAACAGAAACGAGUAUCGAAAAGGGACGAAUCUGAUUGGUUGCGCCAUGUUGUUGUCAUUUUUAUUCCCGCGAUACAACCGUCAAAAUCGACGUCUCGCGUGCCGCGCCGUCGCCGGCAAACGGAGCGGCUCUUGUCAACUGUCGCGCGAGAAAUAGAUGUCUGUUAUCUGUUAUUGACGCGCGUCAUCACCGUGGCACACUCGUUCUGGCCUCCCGUGCUCCUCCAAUUUCAAAACUAUACGAGAAAGAGUGGUAUCGCGCUCCCGAAAAGAUCGGAUAUGAAGAGAGAGAGGAACGACACGAAGAUGUGCGUUUUUGACAGGACGAAAGGAAAAGCGUGAGAGCGUAGGAAGAUAUAUAUGCAGAGAAAUCACGGACCUCUUGUAUUCGUUGCGUUUCCGAUGUCGAAUGGAUAAAAUCGAAGAGUUCGAUCUACGAACAUGUUUGAUUCCUCCCGUGACACGUUGGAGAGGGAACGUUGAAUGAGGAAUGAGACGCAAAGAUCAUCAAGCUUGACCAUCUUAGGAUAGAAAAUGGAUCUAAUGAGCGUCACUGAUGACGAUAACGCUCGUGAAAGACGAUGAGCAGUAUAUAUCAAAGGUCGAUACGACGCAUCUACUUAGGAUACAUGUGUAACAAAGCCUUGAGCCAACCCCGAAGAACAGGAAACUGUAUUGAAAAAGAUGCUCGAAAAGGAUCCUGCAUAAAUCGCGCGUCGGCGCGUAAGCAUCACUGGGCAACGAUGAAUCUCUGAGCUCGCUGCACAGCGAUACCCUGAUGCACUUCUGGAUCAACAAACCGGCGGGCAGGUACUACGGCUUCACCGGCCGCCGAUACCCUGCCACACCUGUUCCCAAAACACGCAGUCAAUGUCGGCGUGGCGGCGAGCUCAGGCAGAUGGUGACUCCGGUGCGUCGAUUUCAGGGCCUCGCAGGUAACUUCGCAGCUGGAAACGUUUCGUCAGCCGGGCCUAGUAAUAUCAAUAAUUCCUGCCGAAGCAUCGUCGCCCGGUCGACGACGACGACGCCGACACCCGCGCGAAUCCAUAGCAACGAGAAUCGUUCAUCGACGCUUAGCGCCGCCCAACUCGCUCAGCUGAACAACAUCCCCAACAACGUCACUGACGCCAGCAACAAUCAACUGAUUCUAUCCAACACGACUGGUGCGAACGGCACCAACAGAAAUCUACUGGGCUUCUUUGAAUUCAGUGACGCCGAACUGGCUGGCUACCGAUUACGUUGUGCCGUCUGGAUCACGUUCGUCCUAGCGACGGGUUUCGUGGCGGCCGCCAAAUUCUACUUCGGUUAUAGGGGGCCAGGUUUGGAGAUACUCAUGUUUUGCGGACUGUUGAUACUACUGCUAUCAGCAUGUCUGUACUCGAUCUUCUGCCGGCGUCAUGAUCAAAGCCAUUAUCAUCAUGGCAGUCGACCGGAGCACAGUACUCGCAUGCAGGAGGAGCACCUGGCCGCUCUGACAAACGCAUCUGGUAUCGGCGAGACCGUCGUCAGCAGAAUGACGACAACGAUGUCGACAACAACGGCGGUAAGGCAGCAUCCACCGCCGCCACCCUAUCACAUCGCCAUCCUGAUACCGCCGCUGCCACCUACGUUCUCGGACGAGGCGCCGCCGCCCAGUUACGACAAGGUAUGCGAUGAAAUCGCCGGACCAGCGUGAAAUUCAAGGACGGACUCGUCCAAAACCUUUCUUCCUUCGCGACAUUCUCGUGUCUCCGCUACACUCAAGGUGGCGCAAAUCAAUUCUCUAGGAUUAGUAUUAACUUUCACGUCUGUGAUAAGAACGCAAUGACGAUAACACAUCGACAACACAACGGGAAGUCAAGAGGUUCGGAAAAAGAUACGCGCGGCUAUAUUUUCUAGUGGGCAUUAUACGAGGGAGCGGGGGAGAGGAGAGGAGCCGCGCUCCGCCACCGAAUUUACGUUUGUGGUGCGGGUAAACUGUAUUCUAAUGUUUUAUACUUCGAGAUAUUGUGUGAUAUAUUUGACUUAACUUUAGCUUAGCGCGACACAGGUCGUAAACUCU